GAUGAAUAGCUGCAUCAACGCCAGCCGGAUAACCAUGGAACGCUCAGUCUCCACUAUCUGCACACUUGAGACCUUUGCCGUGUACAGCUCCGGGCAUAGUAGCUUACGGGCACAGAUGGGAUGUGGAGGAGCAGUAUCCGAGACGGUAAUCCCCACCUACACACUGCCAGUCGCGAGUUUAGGUCCGGGUAAAGGUUGGUAACUGUAGUCUGGGAUGGUGUUGCGAAUUGGAAAUCAUCUGUCUCUUUAUGCUAACACAUCGACCGAAGCACUGAUACCAGCACACUCUAGACUCACGACACAAUGACAGACAAUUACGCUUCGCACUUCGGUGUCAACAACAUCCCAUACGGGAUCGCAAGCUCUUCGAAGCGCUCCACACCACAAUGUGCCACACGCAUUGGCGACGAGGUCAUCUUCCUCGCAGAGCUUGCGGAGCAUGGAUCCCUCAAAGCCAUCUCAGCACCGCUGUCCUCCAUCUUCCGCGAAUCUACGUUGAACACAUUUGCCGCGCUGGGAAAAGACAUACAAAGUCAAGUACGCUCGGCAAUACAAGAAGCAUACAAGAGCAAAUCACACGCCAAUUUCUCAGAGAGCAUCAGCGAUGUCACCCUCCAUAUGCCAGUCAGCGUCGGAGACUUCACAGACUACAGCGCUUCCGCGAACCACGUUCUGAAUGCGGGAGAAGCGGUGCAAGGAAUUCGUGCCUACCCACCUGCUUUCAAAAAGUACCCCGUGGGCUACGCCGGCCGGUCGAGUUCAAUCACAGUCUCAGGGGCACCCGUUACAAGGCCUUUGGGCCAGUUCAUCGAGGACUACACUGUUCCAGACAAGAAGAUUAUAUUUGGGCCGUCACGAGGCUUGGACUACGAGAUGGAAAUCGCCGCCGUCAUUGGCAAACCUGUCCAGUCUGGAACGUAUCUUAACGCGAAGGACGCGGAUGAGCAUAUCUUCGGACUAGUCCUGCUGAACGACUGGAGUGCGAGAGAUAUCCAAGGCUUAGAGAUGAAUCCGCUGGGGCCUUUCAACGGAAAGAACUUCAUGACUUCAAUCACCCCUUGGGUCGUUACGCUAGAAGCAUUGAAGUCCCACGAGGUCUCAGCCCCACCUCGCAUGGAACCAGUAGCUUCUUUCAUGGACGAUCCCAACAGCAUAAACUACAACAUCCAGCAGCUUGAAGGUCAAAUCAUCCGAAACGGUACACAGACCACGACCUGCAAGGUUGGCUUCGAGACAAUGUACUGGACCUUCAGGCACAUGUUAGCGCACCACACUAUCGGUGGCUGUGGACUCCGGACGGGAGAUCUGGUAGCUAGCGGGACAGUGUCGGGCGAACAAGAACAUGAACACGGAUGUUUGCUCGAACUGACGAAGAAUGGCAAGGCUCCAAGCAAACUGAGCGACGGAUCUGAGCUACGCUACCUCAAUGAUGGGGAUGAAGUGCGCUACAUAGGUGUUGUUGGAGACGGAAGCACAGGUGUCGGGUUUGGAGUAUGUAUUGGCACUGUAAAGCCCGCCCGGAAGGUUUAAGAGCUUUCGGAUGUAAGUAGGCUGAGCAAUUGUGGUCUCCAGCCUGGGUGGGUUCACCAAUGGUUGGGUUGGGCCCUAGUCAACAAUUGGUCGACAAGCGUGGUACAGAUGCGAGUGGCUGCAUACUACCACCAGAGAGAUCAUUGAAUUCAAGCCUUCCAAUGAAUCUUCGGUCCUUCAUAUGGGCCUUGCACAUUGGACCCUAAGUAUCUCUAGCCACACGAAUCCCAGCCUCGUGAGCUUUCUCGCACACAGCCCUUG